CGCAGUGCGCGCCGCAGUGCGCGGAGCGGGGCGGAGGGGCCGCGCCGCAGGGAUGCUCGCCCCGCUCCUGGGCUCCGCGGGCUCCGGCUGCCUGCUGCUGGAGUUUGCCGUUUCUCUGGCGGAGAAGAUGCAGGCUCAGGAGAUCCUGCGGAGCCUGCGGCUCCCCGAGUUCGAUGACCUCAGCCAGUUCUUCCGCAACCUGCCGGCCACGGCGCUGGUUGGCAUCGGCGCCUUCGCCGCCGUCGUGGCCUACUGGUUCGCCAGCCGGCCCCGCGCCGUGAAACCGCCCUGCGACCUGCGCAUGCAGUCCGAGGAGGUGGAGGGCCUGGCCGGGGCGCGCCGGUCGGUGAUCGGGGACAGCCCUCAGCUGCUGACACACUACUACGAUGACGCCAGGACCAUGUACGAGGUCUUCAGGAGGGGAUUCAGCAUCUCUGAGAACGGCCCCUGCCUGGGGUUCAGGAAACCCAAGCAGCCCUACCAGUGGCUGUCCUACAAGGAGGUGGCUGAAAGAGCAGAAGCUCUGGGUUCAGGCCUUCUGCAGCAGGGCUGCAAGCCAUCCACAAAGCAGUUCAUUGGGGUCUUUGCUCAAAACCGUCCAGAGUGGAUCAUCUCUGAGCUGGCUUGCUACACCUACUCCAUGGUGGUGGUUCCCCUCUAUGACACUUUGGGUCCUGGAGCCAUUCGGUACAUUGUCAACACAGCUGACAUUUCCACGGUCAUUUGUGACAAGCCUGAAAAAGCCAGGAUCCUCCUGGACCACGUGGAGAGGAAGGAAACACCAGGCCUGAGCUCCAUCAUCCUGAUGGACCCCUUUGAGAAGGAGCUGGUGGAGAGAGGGAGGCGCUGCGGGGUUCGCAUCCAGACCAUGCAGGAGGUGGAGGACCGUGGCCGUGAGAGUCGACAUGUGCCUGUGCCUCCUCGACCGGAAGAUCUAUCAAUUGUCUGUUUUACCAGUGGCACUACAGGGAACCCCAAAGGUGCUAUGCUGACCCAUGGGAAUGUGGUGGCGGAUUUUUCAGGCUUUUUGAAAGUGACGGAGAAAGUGAUCUUUCCGAGACAGGACGAUGUGCUCAUCUCCUUCCUGCCUCUGGCUCACAUGUUUGAAAGAGUUAUACAGGUAAGAAACCUGCCUGAACUGACGAGGCCUCGUGGGGCUCCUUGUGUUUUCUUCCAGAGUCAGUGGUCUCCUACUUGUGAGGAUGUACACAUUUCCUAUUUGCCUUUAGCACACAUGUUUGAGAGAAUGGUACAGUCUGUAGUGUACUGCCACGGAGGGCGGAUCGGGUUCUUCCAGGGGGACAUCCGUCUCCUGUCCGACGACAUGAAGGCCCUGCGUCCCACCAUCUUCCCCGUCGUGCCGCGCCUGCUCAACAGGAUGUACGACAAGAUCUUCAGCCAGGCUGACACGUCCCUCAAGCGCUGGAUCCUGGAAUUUGCUGCCAGACGGAAAAAGGCGGAAGUUCGAAACGGCAUCAUCAGGAAUGACAGUUUGUGGGAUAAACUUUUCUUUAAUAAAAUACAGGCGAGUCUGGGGGGCUGUGUCCGUAUGAUAGUGACAGGAGCUGCCCCUGCCUCUCCCACUGUCCUGGGCUUCCUCCGCGCCGCCCUCGGAUGCCAGGUUUAUGAAGGUUAUGGCCAAACAGAGUGCACAGCUGGAUGCACCUUUACAACUCCAGGUGACUGGACAUCAGGUCAUGUAGGAGCCCCUUUGCCCUGUAACUUAAUCAGAUUGAAGGAUGUGGAAGAACUGAAUUAUUUUGCUUCCAAAGGAGAAGGAGAGAUCUGUGUGAAAGGACCCAAUGUGUUCAAAGGUUACUUGAAAGAUGAAGAGAAGACAACGGAGGCGCUGGACCAGGAGGGCUGGCUGCACACGGGAGACAUUGGGAAAUGGUUACCUAACGGGACUCUUAAAAUUAUUGACCGGAAAAAGCAUAUAUUUAAACUUGCUCAGGGAGAAUAUAUUGCACCGGAGAAGAUAGAGAAUAUCUACAUCCGCAGCGACCCUGUUGCCCAGAUCUAUGUCCAUGGAGACAGCCUGCAGGCCUUCCUGGUGGGAAUUGUGGUGCCCGAUUCUGAAGUUAUGCCAGGCUGGGCAAAGAAAAGAGGGUUUGAUGGAACAUAUGCAGAACUCUGUAAAAAUAAGGAACUGAAGCAAGCAAUAAUGGAAGACAUGGUACGGUUGGGGAAGGAGAGUGGGCUCCACUCCUUUGAGCAGGUCAAAGCCAUUUACAUUCACUCUGAUAUGUUCUCGGUACAGAACGGUUUGUUGACACCAACAUUAAAGGCCAAGAGACCAGAACUAAGAGAUUACUUCAAAAAGCAAAUAGAAGAGCUAUAUUCAAGCAUCUCCAUCUGAAAUCACAGGAAGAAGAAUCUCCUGAGUAAUGGACUUCAUAGCAAUAUUAGAAUAAUACUCAAAAAGUACAGAGCCAGAAUGACACUGCUGAAAUGGAUAAGCACCUGAAUCUUAUAUUUGAGCCUUUCAUUGUUCUAGGAUUUCGCCACUAACCACAUUUUUCCUUCUUUUUUCCAUCAGGUGUGAUACGAUUUCUUUUUUACUCUAUGCACAGGGUACUACUAAGAAUUAUGCUAAAUUGCCACAAAAUAUACAGACAUUUCAAUCUAUGACUAAAUUAUGGAAACUUAUUAAUAACUACAAACAUUUCUAAUUAAAAUAGGGAAAAUUUCAGGUGUGUCUGUUAAUAUUUGAUUGUAUAUAACCUAAUACAUUAAAAACUAAAAUUAUGGAUAAUUCAAUAAUGUGGUCUACCUCAAACAAUCAGUGAUCGAUGGUGAAAGUCUAUUUUCUCUGAUUUGGAACUUCAAGAUGGAUAUUGGUUUAUAUAUGAAGUGAUAGUUUUUAUAUUUUCCAGGACAUAAAUGACAUUGAUUUGAUUUAAUCAUUAAUGACCUAACUAAUGACCAGAAUAGAAAUAGGAAGGAAUCUCCUGCUAUUUGUACUUAAUAGACCUAUUAGUAUAUUACAUCUAACGGAUAAAUGUUACCUUGAACUUGCAAGAACAGGGUAGGCAGCGAUAGGAUAGAGUUCCCUCUAUUUCCUUUUCAUCCCAAGGCAGUUUAUCCAUGGCAUGCUGAUUCUGCACUCGGGCUCCUCCAGCCCAGUGCACUCACGGACAUCUGAACUGCUCAAACUGAGAAGGUUGCAAAAGCAUUGCUGGCUCUGAGGCAGCUUUCGGUGGGAGUUCACGAUAAUCCACACGCUCCCAGUCCCCAAUUUGUUACUUUACAUGCUGCUAGUCCUCCGUAGUCCAGCUGGACUAACUCCCUCUCGGAAACAGCGCUGAAGAAACGGAGCCCAGGGAAUAAGCUGUGAUUCUGGAUGGGGCUUAGCACAAUGAGUGGGUUUGGGAAGAGGCCAGCCUGAGGCGCAGCAGUGGAGGGCAUCCUUUGUCUGGCCACGGAAGGGGAAGGAAUACUGCUCCCAAAGGGCCAUGGGGAUGGUGAAAGGCUGUGUUAGCCAUCCCUGUGCCAGGUGUCACGGGACGGCAGAACACUGGAUGUGGUGGCAGAAAGGCCUGCUGAGAAAACAUCUCCAUGUCCGGACGUCUGGAAGCAUCAAGUCCCCCUGGCAUCACUUCCAGUGGCCUCUCUGGAAUAAGCAGCAAGUUGUCUGGAUGAAACCUUAGAUUUCUGUGGUCAUCAGAAAGCAGAAAAGUCUCACAAGGAACAGGAACAGACUCUAGAGCUCUUUCCUGAUACAAAGCACGGUACAAAACAGUGAGAAAACUGUCAUGUCAAGUCGCUUGAAUACGUGGGCUGUCGAUGGCUUCUUUCUGCUAAACAGGAUCCUAAAUAUCUGUGUGUAUUGUACUAGCUGCUGUUUGCUGCACCAGUGCAUACUAGCAUGGAGCUGUGCCUGCUAGAUCUCUACUAGGACAGUGAAAGCACACUUAUUUUUUUCUCUUAAACUGGAAUCCGCUGUAGACUUUUGAAGCUAAAGGUUAAAAUUUUUAGUCUAAACGGUCUCUUAUUUUCCCUCUGAAAUUCCGUUGCAUGCUUCCAAAUGAAAUAAAUCGAAUUAAUGGGUUAGUGUUA